CAAACGGACGAUCUUUUGGAAGAUAUGCUAAAACGGUUUCGUCACGAUGAUUUAGAUGUCUGGUUCAUUUAUGAGCAACAUUUGCUGCAAACAGAACGACCUGAGAAAGCACGAAAUGUGCUUGUUUUGAGUCGUUUUGCACAACUGGAAUUCAAAUUUGGUGAUAUGGAACAAAGCAAAACAAUUUUUGAAAGUGUUUUAAAUUCGUUCCCAAAGAAAACUGAUGUGUGGACUGUUUAUAUUGAUCUAUUAACCAAAUCUGGAAGAAUUGACGACGCAAGAAAGUUACUCGAGCGAGUCACUGCACUUGAAUUAUCUACCCAUAAAAUUCGGUUAUUUUAUCGGAAAUGGAUGAAUCUAGAGGAGAAGUAUGGUGACGAAAAUCGCUUAGAUAAUAUAUUUGCAAUGCGAAUGAAGCAAUUUCGCAAAGAUUUGGCAUAA